GGGAAAGCUUGUGGGACACUGGGAGGGAGGAGAGGGGAGUGUGAGGAGACCUGGGAGUGAAAGCAGGGGAGGGGAAUAUCUCUGGGAAUGAAGCGAGGGGAAUGUGGAGUCCCUGGGAGUGAGGGAAGGGGAGUGUGAGGACGUGAGUCACUGGAAAUGAGUGGAAGGGAAAGCCAGUGACUGACAGGGUGGGCAGGAGCAGGAGGAUUUGAUAGUCCAGGGUCCCUGCGGACCGUGGGCUGGAGGGAGGGGACCUGCUAUCAGCUGGAUUGGAAAGAAAGCAGUGGACUUGGAAGUUGGAGCCGAAAGCGCUGGACUGGGCAUAACUGCAGGAUGCUGUCUCUGAAGGGGACCUUCAUUCUGCUUUUGCUGUUCUUCAGUAGCCUGUUUGGCAGUGUCUUCAUGCUGGGCCCACUACUCCCAAUCAUGUUGGUGUCUGUGCCAUGGUAUCGAUGGAUAACUGACCGUGUAGUGGCCAUCUGGUUCACCCUCCCCGUGGCCAUGUUGGAGAUGGUGCUGGGUGUCCGGGUGGUGAUCACGGGAGAUGGCUUUAUUCCGGGUGAACGCAGCGUCAUCAUUAUGAACCAUCGGACUCGUCUCGACUGGAUGUAUCUGUGGAACUGUCUGCUCCGAUACAGCUACCUCCGAAUGGAAAAGAUCUGCUUGAAGUCCUCCCUUAAAUCCAUUCCAGGCUUUGGCUGGGCCAUGCAGGUGGCAGCAUUCAUCUUCAUUGAGCGGAAGUGGGAGCGGGACCGAGAGCACCUCCAGCUUAUGCUGGACCACCUGUGUGACAUCCAGCAGCCCCUGCAGCUGCUCAUGUUUCCUGAGGGCACCGACCUGACAGCUACCACCAAGGGGCGGAGCAAUGAGUUUGCCGAGUCUCGGGGUCUCCCCAAGUAUGAGUACGUCCUCCAUCCCCGCACAACGGGCUUUGCCUUCAUCGUCAACCACUUGCGCAAAGGCUCCAAUGUGGAUGCAAUCCAUGAUGUGACAGUGGCCUAUCCCUACAACAUCCCACAGUCUGAGAGGGACCUGUUCACCGGCAACUUUCCCAAGGAAAUCCAUUUCCACAUCAAGCGCUACCCGGCAGCACACCUGCCCAUCACGCUGGAGGGGCUGCAGGAGUGGUGUCGACUCCGCUGGCAUGACAAGGAGCGGCUGCUACGCACCUUCUACCAGGGAGACCGCUCCUUCCGCGGCUUGGACCUGGGGCAGGACCAGAGUCCGGAUCAGGGACAGGACCAGAACCCGCAACAAGUUCAGAACCAGAGUCAAGGACAGGGACUGGAUCCGGAGCAGGACCGGAGCCCAGAACAAGGCCGGGACUUGAGUCCGAGUCAAGGACAGGAUCUGAGCCUGUCGAGGGAAUUACAGCCAAUUACAGCCCAAGAGCAAGGCCGGAGUCUUAGGCGCAGAUGGGUCCAGGGCUGGAAUAGACUGCUGGGUCGGGGGCGGGUGUGGUUUGAGGGUCGCAGGCAGGUCUCGAUGGGGCGGUACCGGGGCCAGGAUCAAAGCCUAAGCCAGAGCUGGAGGCCUGCGCAACCACAUGUCUACAUCCCUCCCUGCAAGUCCCAGGGAAGGGUCUUCCUCAUCAAGCUGUUCUCUGUGGUGUACUGGACCGCAUUUGUGCUCGGCACCAUGAUGUUGCUCUGGUCCUACACAUUAGCACGCUGGUACUUCUCCAGUGUGGCCAUCUUUUUCAUUAUGCAGGAGCGGCUAUUUGGGGGCAUCGAGAUAAUGGAAAUGGCUGCACAAAGGAGGGCUCAGCGCCACUCCAAGAAACACUGACCCCGCGGCUGUCUCGCUCAUCCAUCUGUCCAAUCCCAGAUCUCCUUGCACUGGUCUGGACAAUCCUGGAACUUCUCCCAAAGGUCUGGCCAAUCCUGGGGCUUUCCCUAAUGGUCCAGCUAAUCCCAGGGCAUCUCCCACUGGUCUGGCCAAUCCUAGAGCUUCUCCCACUGGAUUGGCUACUCCUGGUGCUUCUCCCAUCAAUUCAGCCAAUCCUGGUGCUUCAACUGGUCCGGCCAGCCCUGGACUCCUUCCACUGGUCUGACCAAUUCUGGUGCCUCCAUCCCCCGGAUCAGCCAAACCUGGGAUUUUCCCAUCAAUUUAGGCUGUCCUAGGGCUGUUUCCACAGGUGCAGCUAAUACCGGGAUGCCUCCUUCCAGUCCGGCCAGUCUUGAGGCAUCAAAUUAUGGAUCCACCAAAUCCAGGGUCUUCUGACAAUCUGUCCAGUCUUGGGCUUCACCCAUUGAUAUUGCUGAUCCCAGUAAUUCAAUCCAUCCGCCCAGUUCCCGAAUUACUCCUCUCAAUCCGGCCAAUACCAACAGAAGUCACAUAAUUUCUGCUAAUCAUGGGACACCAUGCAUAGGUCUGUCCAAAGGGAGACUGAACCUCAAACUAUAGAUGCUGGAAAUCUGAGGUGAAGCCAGGUCACAAUAGAACACCCAGCAGGUCAGGCAGCAUCUGUGGAGUCAGGAGUAUAGAGCACAUUCUACAGAAGUCUGUCAUUGCACAGAUGUUGCCUGACUGGCUGAGUGUUUCUGGUGUCUGAUCUGGGAGCAGAGUAGAGGUGGGUCUCUCUCAGUGUGACAGAGUAGGGAGGAGAAGUGCUGCUUCACUCUGACCCAGACUCCACUCUUUGUCCCAUGGCUCUUACUCCAGCCUGGAAUCAGGGAAUAAAUGCUCGGAGGCUGAGUGCCAAUGGAAGCGUCAGGCUGGAACAGCCACCGGCAGCUCAGGGUUAAUGUGUUUCAGACUCAUACCCCAGUUAAGGUCAGUGUAUGCAUUGGGUCCGUCCCUACUGAGGGUCAGAAUGUAUCUGGGACAUGUCUUCUAGUGAGGGUUGGUGUGUGUGUAUGGAGGGCCAUCCCCCUGCGAGGUUGGUCUCUGUGUGUGGAUGACCUGUUCUCCAGUGAGCGUGUGUGGGAGGGAGGGAGGGAGGGGGACCCCUUUGGUGAAGGUCCAUGUGUGUGGGGGAGGGGAACCAUCCUCAACUAGGGGUUAGCAUGCAUGUGUGUAUUCUCCCCCCCCCCCCCCAGUGAGGGUCAGUGUGUGCUGUGUGGGACCCAUCACCCAGUAAGGGUUGGGGUGUGUGUGGAUCUGUACUGAGGUGGACAGGUCUGUUCCCGUGGUUUACAGUGUACAGUCUUGUACACUUGGAGACUGCUCACUGCUCUGUUGACCCUCUCUGUCCUUUUCCCUCCUAUCAGGUCUGAGUAAAGCGUGGGUUGUCUGUAAUUUGUGUGUGCGUUUAAUGUUCGGGACAAGAGGGUUCCCCUGUGUCAGCUGGUUUUGUUCUUUGUGUGAGGGUGUGAGGGAGCAGUUUGCUGACUUUUGCAUAGUGUUGGAAGAGAGAAUCUCUCAGUUUGCUGGUUAUGUUGCAUCUCUCUGGAGCUCUGCUAAUGUUUGAGUGAGCGAUGGAUAUUUUGGGAGCCGUCUGCUGGCUCCUCUUUUCUUGCGGAUUGUCUACUUUUUAUGACAAGCACUAACACCAAUAAAUACCUUCAGCUCUU